AUGGGCGUACCGGCUGGUAAUGCUGAACUCGGGAAAAAAAUCUUCGUUCAACGAUGUGCCCAAUGUCAUACUAUUGAAUCUGGCGGUAGAAACAAAGUGGGGCCCAAUCUUUAUGGCUUUUUCGGUCGAAAGUGUGGGCAGGCGCCGGGUUACAAGUAUUCAGAAGCCAACAAAUCGAAAGCAGUUGUCUGGAACGAGGAAACUCUUUUCGAAUACUUAGAGAAUCCGAAGAAAUACAUUCCAGGUACAAAAAUGGUUUUUGCUGGGGUGAAGAAAGCGGGAGAACGCGCUGACCUCAUAGCUUAUUUAAAAGAAGCUUCUAAGUAA